CCUCCCUCCUUCCUCAUCUCAGGAACCCGCUGAGGAGUCUCAUGAUUAGCCUACACCAUGUAAAGUAAACUUCACGGCAUCACUGCACACAUCGUCUCUUUGUGAAUUAGUGGUCCGAGGAGACUCCACGGCGCUACAGAAGCAGCCCAGUACAUGCGUUCUGCAAUCUGGACAGUAGUGCAGGCGGAUCUUUCACGGCCUGGCCAUGUUCGCUCUUCAUCUCCUGACUUUAUAUGUUAUAACACUGGUCAACGCUCAACAGCUGCCGUUGCUCCUGCCCGGUUCUUGUAGCUUCGAGUUCAGCACUUGUGGAUACACAUCGGAUCCUAACUAUGCUCCAUGGACAGUCAACGAAGAAGGGCGCUUCAUUGCUGCUGAUUCGUCCCUCAUGGGCUCAAAGGACAAAGCGGUGCUGCAGAGCCCGGAGCUGGAGCUGCUGGACUGGAGCUGCCUGAGGAUGGUCUACCAGAUCACGGGCAAGGGCUCGCUCCAGCUCCACCUGCGGCCCGACGGCGAGAACUUCGACUACACGCUCUGGACCUCGGAGAAGACCUCCGACAGCUGGCUCAUCGCCAGCGUGGACCUGCGCAACAUGUCCAAGCCGUACCAGCUGUUAAUGGAAGGGCGUCCUGGCAACGCGGCAGGCAACAGCGUCGCUAUCUUUGAAAUCCACGUAGUACCUGGAUACUGCAUAGAGUGUGACUUUGAGGAGCACCACUUGUGUGGCUACAAUAACCAGUGGAACCCCAAUGUGAAUUGGUACGUGGGCGGCAGCCUCGCCCGAGACCCCCAGUCCAACCUGCCAGAUGACCACACCAUGAACAAUGAAAGAGGACAUUACAUGUACGUGGACUCUGUAUACGCCAAGAAGUUCCAGGAGGUGGCCAAGCUUCUGUCUCCGAUGACCACCACCCCCAUGUCGGGCUGCUUGUCCUUCUACUACCAGAGGAACCAGGCCCUGGGCAACUACUUCUCCCUCCUCACCAAGGACGAGCUGGGCCACUACGAGGAGCUGUGGAGGCCCGACUCCUACGCCACCCCUCACUGGAGGCUGGAGCAGGUCGACAUCAAGGCUCCGCACCCCCUGGAGGUGGUGUUUGAAGUAGCUUUCAAUAGUCCACGUGGAGGGUUUGUUGCCAUUGACGACAUUUCCUUCUCUCCGGAGUUCUGCCACUCAGAAACAGAGCCCAACUUUGAUCCUUCCAUCGCCAACUGCGACUUCGAGGAGGGUUUCUGCGAAUACCACCAGGAACGUGUUGGUGGUUCCGUGUGGAACAGGGUUUCGGUGAAGCCCAACGUCUACAGGGUUGGAGACCACACCACGGGAACGGGCAAUUUCCUCCUGGCCAACACCCGCUUCACCUCUCGCCCGGGCUACGUGGGCCGGCUUCACGGGCCGGUUCUGCCGGGGAACCACAAGUACUGCCUCAGGUUCUACUAUGCCUUGCACGGCUUCAUGAAGAUAGACAACGCUCUGGCGCUGUACAUCUACGACGAGAACAACGUGGCUCAGGAGAAGAUCUGGACAGUGUCCGAGAGCUCCAGGGAUGUCUGGACUGAGGUGGACAUCACUUUCCAGAAGCCCAUGCCCACCAAGAUGGUAUUUGUUACCAUCUGUCGGAACUUCUGGGACUGCGGUUUGGUGUCUCUUGAUGACAUCACGGUGACAAUUGGAGACUGCCGUGUCACAGCUGGGCCUCUGCGGCCACCCCCUGGCCAGUGCAACUUUGAGCUGGGCGACUGCGGCUACACCCAGGAGAGGAAGCCGCACAGGGGCGGCUGGCUACGCCUAAGGGGUCAGACGCCCACCUCCUACACGGGGCCCAAGGGGGACCACACCUUAGGGGUAGGGUACUACAUGUACAUCGAGGCCUCUCACAUGUUGCCGGGCCAUUCGUCCAGGCUGCUGACCAGUGAGCUGCGGGGCUCGGAUGGCCCUCAGUGUCUGGUGUUCUAUUACCACAUGUACGGCUCCGGCACCGGCGUGCUCAGCGUGUUCCUGCGGCGUCACGACAGCCGUCACCGUGACGUUCGCCACCGCGACUCCCUGCUAUGGCGACGACAGGGAGAGCAGAGCAUCUCCUGGAUGCGGGCCAUGGUCGACUACGACUGCUACACCAAGCACCAGAUUAUCUUUGAAGCCAUUCGGGGCUCCUCAAUAAGGAGCGACAUCGCCAUCGAUGAUAUUGUGUUUAAAAGGGGACCAUGCAAAGCAGAUGCUGGUGACAGUAUCCCGUACUCUGGAUUCUCAGAAAACUUCAAUGAGAUCGAGUACUGAGCAAUGCAAUGCACUGGAGGAUUGAUGCGUGUUGGUGUGUUUGCGUGCAGUGACUGGAUUUGUGUCACAGAUAGGAAGAAUAAGUCAGCUUAAGCCACUUUUACAUAGAGUAGAGCAAUGCCAAAAUGAACAAUCUAGUCCUGCAUGACUAGGCAGAAAGGUAUAGUCCCUUCCCAGCGAGUACUUGUGGUAUAGGAAAUGAUGAUAGCUGAUAAUCAGAAAUAGGAUAUUGAUAAGGAGGGUCAAACUGCUGGUUAGUGUGAUGUUAUACAAGCAAAUAGUUAUGUGCCAGUGUCGCUCCCUAUCAUGGCCGAUAGUAGAGCAUUGCUUGAUGGUGACUAAAACAUUGUUUUGAUGUUUUCUUUCAAAAUUCCCAAUAACUUACCCAAAUGGAAAAGGCAACAUGAACAAAUGUAUUUAUAUUUGUCUGGUGAGACAUACAUCUCAGAAACAGAAAGUGAGGAUGAUGUCUGUUUAUGUGUUUAUUCACAGAAGAGUGUAGAUUUUACACUGUUUUUACACAAAUGCGACGACAUGUUUUAUUUUUAAAAAUAUGAUCACUGAAGCAUAUUUUUGUUACUGAACUCCAGUUAUGGAGUCUAGGAAUGUUAAGAGACCUAUAUGUAUUCCAUUGUUUAAGUACAAUCAUAUUGAAAAAAGUUUUAUUGUCAGCAUUCAGCAUCUUUUUUUCCAAGACUACAAUGGACAACAGGUGAAU